AUGUCAAUCAAAAUUUUUUCUUCCCUUAAACUUCCUUCUAAAAAAGUAUUAUUAUUUUUCGGCAGUUGUGCUGGUCUGGCAGGUUUAUUCUAUCGUGAUCACAUACUAUCGGAACAAGCCAAGAGACGCGUUGAAGAGAAAGUGGCACAUAUCGCUUUGGAGCCAUUAAGUGUAAGCGAAUUACCGCGUAAGGUAACUGUAUACUUGGCACCACCACCCGGCGACGGAAUACAUAAAACAAGAGUCCACUUCCGGGAAUAUGUCAAGCCAGUUCUAGUGGCUUCGGCUCUAGAUUAUGAACUCGUGGAGGGAAUUCAACCUGGGCAGCUUCGUUCCAAAGUAUGUGAGAUUAUAAGAGAACGACGUCUCAAAUCGACAAAAAACAAUCUAACACAAUAUAAUGAUAAUAAAUCUAGUGGUGCAAUCAUGCAUGAUCCACAAUUGCCAACACCUUCAUCGGAAAGUGAUGGUGCUAUAAUCAUAGGCCGUCUUAGUUGGGUAGAAUAUCUGCAAGGAUUAAAUGAUGGGUGCUCGGCAUCUCUUGUGGAUCCACAGCCUGAUUCUCCAACAACGGUGAGUAAGAAUGAAAUAGAUCCAGAAAAUCAAACUGUCUCAAUGGAAAAACCUAUACCGAAUUUGUCAACCAAGUCACAAACAUUAGUGAAGGGGGAAGACGAAUUUUCUGUGCCAAAACUUGAACCUAUCGGAUACGUUCAUUUCUAUAAUCGAAUUGGAUGGAUGUAUAUUCCACUGAGAAUUUAUCACGCAUUUAACUCCUACAUGAAUUAUGAUAUUGCGAGCAAAGAGGUGGUCAAAGUGGCUUUAGGUAAUAAUGUAAGGAAAUUUAUGAAAGACGAUUUGAAACUGGGAGAAGACGAAGAAAAAUUUUUCAAGGGAAAUCAUCUUGAAGAACCAGAAUUGGACGAAAGAAUAGCUGAAAGGCUCACCAUGUACACAUAG